AUGGAUUCCGAAAAAGUCGACGCAGAAGCUCCCUUCAAGUCCUUACCAGGAUUCUCCAUCAACUAUUUCCCCCAGAUCGGUUACCUGUGCGCAAUACCUUACCCCACUCCAAGCGGCAGUCUUGAUCCCUCGACGUUAGAAGAUUGGCAAUUUCAAUUCUCCACGGAUACUGAAGAACAUUAUAAGAAUGGACUCAUGCGGGAGUUGGACCAUCAUUACGGAGAUUUGGCGACCGCCAUUGAUGAUAGAGAAAUUGAGCUUAUGCACCUCCUGGAAGAAGAAGUUUCAAAAUUCACUAGCAUCUUACUGACUGUUAAUGAUGAUUUAGCCGAGUUAGACUGCCUCCUAUCCCUCGCAAAAGUUACCUUCGACAGAGCAUGGGUGCGUCCAAAAAUCCUCGAGCAGAAUACCAUCCAAAUCGUUGCUGGACGUCAUCCGCUGGUGGAAGGUUGCGUGGAGAGUUAUAUUCCAAAUGAUACUCAUCUCGUUGCAAGCUCAACCUCAAAGCCCCAACGAAAGAAACGGAAGGGCGCCGAGUCAUACAUGGGUAAUCCAAUGAUCGUCCUAACUGGGGCUAACUUUUCGGGAAAAAGUGUUUACCUCAAGCAAGUAGCGCUCAUUGUCAUCAUGGCGCAACUUGGCUCAUUUGUGCCUGCAGAAGAAUCUCAGAUUGGGGUUCAUGAUGCGAUAUUUACGAGGGUAUCAACCACCGAGAGCGCAUCUCGAAGCUCUUCGGCAUUCAUGAUAGAUCUCCAAAGAAUUUCUUUCAUGUUGCGGAACUGUACUGCUAGGUCAAUUCUGCUAAUUGACGAAUUCGGAAAGGGAACGGAUCCCACAGAUGGACAGGCUCUUUUUUGCGGUGUGAUAGAGCACUUGAUAUCGAGAGGAUCAAGCUGUCCAAUAGCGCUAGUCUCUACACACUUUCAUGGUGUUUUUACAAAUGGGUUUCUAUCGCUUGAUCUUCCGAUUGAUUACGCACACAUGUCUAUCGUUCUGGAAAAUGAAGAGUCAGAAGGCUUCUUCACCAUACUAGCCGAUACUACUUCGCAAGUUGCCAACUUUAACCCAGCACCCAAGUACGAUCCUAGCGCGAGAGGUGGUCUUGAAAAAGGUGUUCGGCUUUUCGACCCAAUAUACCAGAUUUCCUCGCUCGAUGUCCUAGUCCCAACCAAUUUGCCUACAUCCUGGAACAAAUUGACGUCGGCCGCUCGACUGGUCAAUUAUGGAACUCCAGUUUAUGGAGCAUACUGGCGCGAUGCGCAAGCCGGGUCAAUGAACCGAUCGGAAGUCUUCAGCCACAUCAUCAGCUUAGCACAAUCCAAGCUACUUUGUUCAAAUCAGCUGCCCCUACCGCAAAACCUCACCAAAUAUCAAGCCCUCGCAUUGCUAGGUACUACAAUCCAGCCAAGGCUCAGCGGCACUUUGCACUUGAACUCCGAGCUAGUUUCAUCGCAUGCAGCUCAUUGUGACUACAUCUCACCCGGUCGUGACCUGAUUCUCGCUAAUUACCCCUCCCAGUUUAUCUUGGCAUCUGCAGCGAAUAGAACUUUGGCAGACAAAGAAAUGCUCAUUUGCUGCAUCAAGAAGCUAACUGCCACUCUGCGCCUCGGACUUGAUGCCAGGGGAGUUGCUGGAGAGCUAGCCAGCAGGAUCAUUUUAUCAUGUGCGAUGCGCGAGGCUAUGCGAAAAUCGAAGGAAGAUCCUGUCGAAAUACCUUACGGUCGCUCAGUUCGAUUGGCCGACUUUUUGAAUGCUUUAACCGGUCGUUCGGAAGACGACGAGCCGGAAGAAAUCGACCAGAUUUUCCCAAUAUACCUCCAGUCCGAUCCCAAGGCGCGCCCGGAUGAGAAAUGCAUCAGCAUCUGCGCUGUCCAGUUCACGAACCAAGAUCCGGACGAAACGCUGUUCCUCGAGGACGAGGAUUGUGAGUGGAGCCCAAGCUUGGCUGGAAUCGAGCUUCUGGAACCGAAUCCGUACCUGGUCCUUGGCUUCAGUCUGCAGAGAUCCCGACAAAAAUCACACACCUCAGGAUCCAAACGGUGUUCCACAGAAAACGACGACCGCCGGGCGUCAUUGACGUUCAACAGUAUUGGCUCAUUUCCGUUCCUCACGCCGAGGCUUGUCGCCGCGCUGGAAGAGCUGUCAGAGGCCUAUGUCGACCUCUUGGCGCUCCAUCGCGAGGCUGGCACCAAAGAAUAUCUCCUCAACGUCUCUCCAAGAGUUUAUGCCCGAUGA